UAUUGUUGCGAGUGUGGAUUAGGACGUGUGCAGUGAAGGUGUGUGAUACCCGCGUGCUUGUGCUUCGUCUUCUCGCGACACGAAGACAAAGUCGAAAUGUGCAGCAACGAGAGCCCGCCGCCCACCAAGGAGCCACUCGCCGUUGGUCUCGGGGUCGGCAACCCCAUGGCGGGAUUUCUGCCCGGUUUCGAACACUACCGGCUCCAAUACUACUACGCGAUGGCCGAGCGGCUGCGUCUGGCCCAGCAACUUCACCCCCAGCAUCCGGGCGUCGGACAUCCAUCGGCCGGUGGUCCGUCGGCUCACCUGGGAAUGACGGCGGGCUUUCCCGCGCCUUUGCCGCUCUAUCCAGCCGCCGGAUACCCGAGUCGACUGGCGUUGUCGAUGGCUUUGCUACACCCUCAUCACCAGCGGAUCCCCGAGGAACCGAAGCCUCAACACAGCUACAUCGGUCUGAUCGCAAUGGCGAUUCUAUCGUCGCCCGACAAGAAGCUCGUCCUCUCUGACAUCUAUCAGCACAUCCUGGAGCACUAUCCUUACUUCAGGACGCGGGGACCAGGCUGGAGGAACUCGAUACGGCACAAUCUAUCGCUGAACGAUUGCUUCGUGAAGUCCGGAAGGAGCGCCAACGGCAAGGGUCACUACUGGGCCAUCCACCCUGCCAACCUCGAGGACUUUCGUCGCGGUGACUUCCGGCGGCGUAAGGCCCAGCGCAAGGUCCGCAGACACAUGGGCCUCGCCGUCGACGAGGAACCUGACAGUCCCAGCCCGCCUCCCUUGCCAGCAACCCCGCCGCCCCCGGCGCUGGGACCACCGGUGGUAACUGCCCAGGCGAUAUCCGGGAUGUGGACGCCGCACCAUCACUUCCAUGGACAGUCGAUGCAGGCCUCGCAACCGUCGAGGAAACGCCAGUUCGACGUCGCCUCGCUCCUCGCCCCCGACGAUCAGAUCGACGCCCUCAGACCCGUAAAGACUCGGAGGUUCAGCUGCAGCGAGGACGAGCACGAGCUUCAGGAACCGGAACAGGAGAUCGACCACGACGAGGAGGACGUGGACGUCGACGGCGUUCCCGAACCCAGUGUCCUGCCACCCAGCCCGCCCUCGAGCAGCCCCGUUUCCAAGGCGUCGCCGACGAAUCUCUGCUGGACCAGUCCUGGACAGACUACGUCGCCACCUUUCUCCGCCAUUCAUCUUCACAAUCAUUUACACGUUAGGAAUUAUUACACACCAACUAAUCCCGGUUCGGGUUCGAGUAUUUAA